AGAGGGAGGAGUGUCUCUCCAGAAAACAAAGAGUUCAGCGCUGAACUUUUUAAUGUAGAUUUGAAACCAACAGCUUUAGCUCGCCACGUUCCGCUCUCCAAAACCACAAGAAACAGCAGCGCUGAGGAAAUGACCCACUCUGCUUUGAUCCCCUUUCCUUUUUUUCCCCCUCGACUUGUUUCUGGACUGGAGCCAUGCUGCUAAAACACACCGAGGAGGGCUUUCCUCCGUCUGUCUACGCCUCAAUGGAAACCUGGUGUGGUGUGGAGGCAGAGGAGAGCGCGCACAAGAGCCGAGGAGAGGAGCUCCCAGAAGAGGAGGAAGAGGAGGAUUAGUCAAGAACAGAGCAGAAGGGAGACAAAAAUCAACCACAAACAUGAGUUUACCGACUAACUGUGUGUAUCUAGCCCCCUCAGUCCAGGAUCGCUACUUCAAAGUGAGGAAUGGGAAUAUCUGCGGGUCGCCGUGCGCUGUCAACCGGCCCAUCGACAUUGUGCAGAAACGCAGGCGUUUUGAUGUGGAGAAUGGCCUGUCAGUGGGUCGCAGUCCACUGGACUCUCAGACUAGCCCAAGUUCUGGUCUGGUCCUUCAGGCCAACUUCCCCCACAGUCAGCGCCGCGAGUCCUUCCUUUACCGCUCUGACUCAGACUUCGACCUUUCGCCCAAAACCAUGUCCCGCAACUCAUCCACUGCCAGCGACCUGGAGGAGGGAUUGAAGCAUUGGGAAGUCAAUUGGCUACCUCGACAUGGAGAAGACAUGAUAGUGACUCCAUUUGCACAGGUUCUUGCCAGUCUACGAACAGUAAGAAGUAACUUUUCUGUUCUGACACAUCUGCAAGAUCGUGUAACAAACAAGCGGCCGACAAGCAGCAACCAGCCACCCAUGUGUAAGCCAUGUCUUACAGAGGAGCCCUACCAGAAGCUGGCGGUGGAGACACUGGAAGAGCUGGACUGGUGUCUGGACCAACUGGAGACGCUACAGACAAGACACUCAGUCGGCGAGAUGGCAUCCAAUAAGUUUAAGAGGAUGCUAAACCGUGAGCUGACGCAGUUAUCAGAGACAAGCCGCUCAGGGAAUCAGGUUUCAGAGUUCAUCUCCAACACUUUCCUAGAGAAACAGCAUGAUGUGGAGAUCCUGUCUCCACCUUCUAAGGAGGAGAAGAAGAAGAGGCCGAUGUCACAGAUCAGUGGUGUGAAAAAGGUGACGCAGAGCCCCAGCUUAGCACCCACCUGCAUCCCCCGCUUUGGAGUGAGCACACCACACGAGAGCCUGCUUGCCCAGGAGGUCGAGGAGAUUAAUCGUUGGGGUCUGGAUGUAUUCAAGAUAGCAGAAUUUUCCGGAAACCGCCCUUUGACGGUGAUCAUGUACUCCAUCUUCCAGGAGCGAGACCUUCUGAAAACCUUUAGGAUCCCAAAUGACACCUUUAUCACCUUAAUGAUGACCCUUGAGGACCACUACCAUGCAGAUGUAGCUUAUCACAACAACAUUCAUGCAGCUGAUGUGGUGCAGUCCACCCACGUCCUCCUGUCCACCCCUGCUUUAGAGGCGGUGUUUACAGACCUGGAGAUCAUGGCUGUUCUGUUUGCUAGUGCCAUCCAUGAUGUUGACCACCCAGGAGUCACCAACCAGUUCCUGAUAAACACCAGUUCAGAGCUGGCACUGAUGUACAACGAUGCCUCGGUGCUGGAGAAUCACCACCUCGCUGUGGGCUUCAAACUGCUGCAAGAAGAAAACUGUGACAUCUUCCAAAACCUCAGCAAGAAACAGAAAGACUCCCUCCGAAAGAUGGUGAUCGACAUGGUGCUUGCCACUGAUAUGUCCAAACACAUGAACUUCUUGGCGGACAUGAAGACAAUGGUGGAGACCAAGAAGGUGACCAGUCUGGGGGUCCUGCUGCUCGACAACUACUCUGACCGCAUCCAGGUUCUGCAGAACAUGGUACACUGUGCUGACCUGAGCAACCCAACCAAACCACUGGAGAUUUACCGCCAGUGGACGGACCGCAUCAUGGUGGAGUUCUUCACCCAGGGAGAUCGAGAGCGGGACAAAGGCAUGGAGAUCAGUCCCAUGUGUGACAAACAUAACGCCUCUAUAGAGAAGAGCCAGGUGGGCUUUAUCGACUACAUUGUCCACCCUCUGUGGGAGACAUGGGCGGACUUGGUGCAUCCUGACGCACAGGACAUCCUGGACACGCUGGAGGACAACAGGGAGUGGUACCAGAGCAUGAUCCCCCGCAGCCCAUCGCCGUCCAGCCCGGAGGAGCACCAUGUGGAGGUGAUACCAGGGGGAGGAGCUGUGGGAACAGUAGGGGCUGUGCCUUCAGGAGCAGGAGGAGGAGGAGGAGGAGGAGGAGGGGACAAGUUCCAGUUUGAACUCACUCUGGAGGAGGAAGAAGAGGAUGAGGAGGAGGGAGAGUCUGACCUGGAGAGCCCCCUUGAGGAGGUGUCCCAGUUGGGUGGGGAGCGGCACCAGGACUCCUCCUCCCCCUCUUUGUCCCCAGACCCCCGCAGCAGCAGGUACCGCCCCCCCUCGCCUCACCCGUCUCGGACCCUGAAUCUGGCUGCCAUGUCCGUGCGGAGCCCCCACAGGACGCUGGCUUCCCCGGGGCAGGAGGGCGGCGACAGAGAACUGAGCAAGGAGAGCGACGGGGUGGCGUGCCUACGUAUGGGCACGUAACAACCAGCACAACCUGCCCUGCCUGAGAGACACGAGUGCUGGAUGUGGAGAGACGGCGGCAGGGCAGGCCUUUACCAAUAUAGUCUGUAAAAUCACUACAGUCCCUUUACACUGGAGACACCCACUCUGGAGAACUGUUUUAUUUUAUAUUGUAACCAAAAGAAUAGUUUCAGCCCCUCUUUUGGGGCCUGAUUGGCCUUUGUGUCCCAUCCUGCUUUGUUGUAGCUUCAGUUCAGAGUCCCAGACAAAGACUGUUGCAUUUACCUGGGAAGAAGGGUGGAGCCAAGGCAUGAUACUGGAACAAACAAAAGGUAAAGGAAAUGUCUUCCUCCAAUAACAAUAAUGAGAACCCUCGGUGGUCUGACAGGGUCUUUGAAAUUAUUUUGCACCAUAGUUUGAAUUUAGGAUAUGAAAUUACUGAAUCCGGUUGGAAUAAGUAUGAUUUCUUUGUUUGCGAAUGAUGUGAGAGAUGAAUAAUUUUGCCAAAUACAGAAUGUAGGUGAGAGAAGAUCGAUGGACCUAAACCUCAGGGUAUGAAGAGAAACAUAAAUCUAAUGUAGCACAGAUGUAGUGGGUUCCCAUGACCAGAACCUCAACCCCAAACUUUCUUUCCUGUUUGAUUUACCUUCAAACCAGAGACAUCUGAGACUCAAACCUGUGUCUCUACAUUUAAUUAAAACCCUUCAAUAUAGAAUUUGGCAACUGAAGCAAUCAAAUAACAUAUAUAUGUAAACCAGCUUGUAGCACCACAAAGAUUAAACACUGAAGAAGACUCCAGUCUCACCUGACACCACCUGUAUAAUUAGUUUGGGCUUUAUUUUUUUACCUGAGAUUAUUUUAAAUGGUGUCAUUUUUUUAGGAUUUUGGACAGUUCUUUGUUGUACAUUUGCUUGUCUUUUGUCUGUUUAUGUGCUUGAAAAGCAUUUUUUAUCAGGGUGCCUCCAGUCCGUAGUAGCACUUUACCGUCUCUGCUCUUCAGCUCUUCUAUUCAUUCACACAAAGGGCUUCGUCCACUGUAGGCCAACUGAUCACACAGACAGAACAGUACGGGUUGUCUGACUCAAGGUACCAGAAGGCAGGGCAGGAAACUCACUCGUCGGUUGAUUCAGAAUGAAAGAUAGAAGAUAACUUAGCUGGCCAUCAACAAAGUUCACAACCUUCUGGUUAGUCAGAUAAUAUUGGAAUUAUAAGACUCUUGUUUUGAUCCCGAUUAAACUAUUUUGCACUUUAGUUUCUUGAGGUUCAAAUUCAAAUUAUUUUAUUGUAAAAUAAACAGUAAAAAAAUUUAAAAUAGUGUGUGGCACAAACAGGAUGUGAAAAAGAGUUACGCGAAAAUGAUUUUCUAUGAGGAUCUUAUAAUUCCAAAUAAGUCACCAUGUUGUUGUGUCCCUCCCCUGCCGACAGGAUCUGAUGUAGAGAUCAGAGGUUGCUGACAGAAAUAAAUCAGCUCAACAUCAGCAGAUUGUGUUCCAUCAGGUUAUCUGUCCUAUUUGAUAGAUUGUGCUCAACUGGGAUAAUUGUGUGCCAUAAGUGUUGAAAAGACACAAACACCUGCCAGCCUACAAUGCUGUACAUUUUUACACUAGAGAUUUUAACCUGAUGAUUGUAUCAAAGUCACUGACUUUAUAGUGUUAGUUUUUAUGAAUGAUACAUGUUACCAGUAUUUAAAGUGGACAGUUUAUUAGAUUUUGUGCAGCACAUGAUCAGUCGGUUUAGCCCUUUCCUAAUCGGAUAGCUGGGACGUAAGAAUGUGUGUAGUUUCAGGAGUCCAUGUUCAGUCUAGAGCAGUGUUUGUUGCGUCACUGAAGUAGAAAGACCAGGAAGCAAAGAAGCACUACACAAAGAUAUGAUGAACUUCCUGGUCAGGCAGUCAUAGAAAACACCAGUUUAACAGUAUUUCAUAACUCAGCUAGCCUUACAUGUGAUAUGGUAUGAAUGUGGUUGGAGCCUAGUGUUAAAGGACCAUUAUGCUGUUUUUAACAUGCUGAGCCUCAGAGCAUUGUUUGCUUUGCCAUUCUUGAAAAGCAAAAAAAAAGAAUCUCAAAGAAUCAGAAUACAUAUAAGAAACUUUACAUUUCUCAUGACAGCAGCCAUCUGUAAACAGCUGCCAUGUAAACCUCAGCAUUUGGAUCAAAUGUUUCACAGACCUUCCCUCUACAGCCAUCAACAGGCUAAUAUUUACAUUUAAACACAAAUGUCAAUCUAAUUGACAGAUGGCCCUAAAAAUCCUUAUGGUCUAUUCUUUGCCAUCACCUCGACAAUAAACUUGUCAUUUAACAUGAAACACUUUCAUAUUGUGUUGUGUAGUAAUGAAGAUUGCAAUAUACAGUACCUGGGAUUUAAUCCAAAAAGUUGCUCUGUAAUAAUCAUUAAGCUUCCUCUUCCUAUCCAAGCUUUGGGUCUUGGUACUAAGUGUUUAAAUGUGUUUAAAACCUCUAGUCCACUGAUGUCACUUGAGCUUUUAAUUUAGACUGCUGGUAUGCAGUUAAAGUAACUUCUUAGUGCUGGUUAAAAAGCACAUUUCCUCAACUUAGUUAAGAUGUUGAGGAUGAAAGGAUGACCAAGUUCAGACAGACAAUAGUAAGCCACUGUCAAACAAAAAAAUGAUAAAAGAAAAUUCUUCUUUUACAACGUCUGAUUCUUAAGAUUUGUUUGAAACAUGUUUUCACAAAGUGUUCUUGAUUAAGUAUCAAAGUAAAAAAUCGUUGGCAUUUUAAUCUAAAUAAAAUCAUGUGCUUCCCUCUAUGUGACAGCUCUAACACAGUAGCGGUCCCUUAGUUCUCCUGCAGCACAGAAUGUGAGAGUUUUGACAUUUCCAGUUAGUAUGGAAUACUAGCCAUGGGUAGUUUGCACAAGCAGUGACAGUCACCAUGGCUGCACAGAAAAAUCAAUGUACAGCAGAAAUUCUAUUAUGUUAAGUUCAUUAUACAUUUCCUAUUUUGAAGCAAGAGAAUACAUCACUUUCCUAGAAA